CUUGCACUCCAGCCACCCAGGACGAAGGCCGCGCCGCGCGAUGGGAGACAAGAUCGUGAAUACGUUAAAGCAGUAUGACGGCAUGAUCAAUGAGAUGGGGGCGUAUCCUGCUAAGCCCAUCAUCAACACUCUCACGAUGCUGGCGGAGGACCUAGCGCUGGCGAAACAUAUCGCACCCUUUCUCGUAAAGAAACUCAAUGUCGUUGGACCUCCCUACCGCCUUCCCAUCUUGUACCUCAUGGAUUCGAUUAUCAAGAAUGUCGGAGGUCCUUACGCAUUCCUCUUCAGCCAGACACUCGCGCCAGUGUACGUCGAUUCUGUCCGACAGGUGAAUGCGACAGACUUGAAUCGGUUCAAUCACGUCCUCAAAACAUGGGAGACGGCGCGGCUGCUUCCUUCGGCGGUGCUCUUGAAGAUGCGUGCGGCUGCCGACGCAGCUCUACGCGUGGCCCAGCCUUCUGACCAACCCGCGAGCUUCUCGCGAGGUGGUGCACCACCCGCAUCGCGUGGAGUCCCUCCCCGUUCCAGCGAUGCACAUUUGGAACUGCAGAUGCGACGCCUCUUGACUCAACUUCAGACUGAAGAUGGCGUGCACCCCGCGAAGCAGGUCAGUCUCGAAGAAGUGCGCACGCAAAACCCGGAAUUGUACGCACACCUCCGCCUCAGCGUUGUCGAGGCAGAGGUACCUCCAGCGCAUCACGGCCCCCCUCCCGUACUCGGCCAUCGACCACCCCCACAAAACUAUCCACUGCAACCACGUCCCCACCAAGGUGUGUCAAACGGUGUGCUGCCGCUUCCAUCGCGGAGUCCCCCUCGGCCUCACCACCACCAACGUCCAGCCCAUCGUCCCUCGCCUUAUCCAGAUGCUCCACCACAUGAAGGUGGAUUGUUGCCACCUCCUUCUGCCCAUCGAGGAGGGGCACCUCCUUCGCACUACGCUCCUGUGCGCUCCCAAGGUCCUCCACCCCCAGUAUCUUCUCGCCGUUGGUCCCCGCCUCCGCAUCACUCGAUGCCGCCAUCGCAGCCGCCGAUGCACCCAUCCGGACCUAACCAGCCACCUGCGACAGCUCCCAGUGGCCAAGACGUGAUGAAUUUGCUCAAAAAGAUCAGCGCCAUGUCGUCGUCGACAGAAGCACCGCCGACGUCCUCGCGACGAUAUCAGCACCAAGUGUCGUCGGCGUCGCUGGGUCGGCCUUUGACCUGCUCCGACAUUGCCGUCAACAAGAAGCGCAUCGGUGACAACGUGUAUCGACUCUACGACGCGCUUCCCCAUGUAUCGUCCAGCAGUGGCUUGCGCUUCAAAGACCAAGCCCAGUUGUCGAAGCACAUGGACUUUUUAUUCCACUACAACCGCGCGCUGCGAGAACGCACGAAAGGCGGGAUCUCCCGGUCGUGGUACCCGAAUGAAGCACAAUGGACGACCGAUUUCUGCGCCGUCUCCAACUCGAAAGAAGAAACCAGCGCCGGGUUUGUCCAGGCCGAAGCCAAGACUGCAGUCCCAGAACUGGACAAGGAAGCACUCAAUGCCGCCCGAGUCCCUGUGGAUGGAUCGAUCACCAAGUGCCGCAUUUGCGGCGAAUCGUUUACGAAAUGCUGGGACGAAGACGAAGAAGAGUGGAUGUACCAAAAUGCUGUCGUCGGCACGAUUCGCACAAACGACGUGGUCCCGAAGCACACGAUUUUUCACAAGUAUUGCUACGACAGCGCAGUUGCGUCGUCCAAGUCGGAGGGCAUCCUGCCGUCCCAGCUCGCGCCCGGCAGCCCCGUCGUUGUCAUGGGCAAGCGCUCGAUGUCCCAGGUGGACGACAACGGGACAACCACGUGGGGCGCCGAUCGCGGUAGAAGUGAUGAGCAAGAGCAGCAGCAGCAGGACAUUAAUAAACGACUAAAGGUUACCCACAGAGACGACGAUGGUGACGUCUUGUAGGCGCCUCUGUAGCAGUCGUAAGGUCGAAUAUAAUGCCACAUUUGCUUGGGAA